AUGGACACGUGCACUUCAGAAGGUGGAGAAUUACUGCGGAUCACGUCACAAGAAAUACAAGAUCACAUCGCCGCUUUUCUAAGUGAUGCAACCUGUCACUUUGUAGUACUAAUCCAGGGUUCCGACCGUAACAGUGAGGGGAUAUUCAAGUUUGAGGACGGCACGGUCAUGUCGUACAUGAACUGGUAUGGUACAGAGCCUAAUAACUACAUGGACGAUGAAGAUUUCCUCUUCCUCGUCCCUGGUGAAGGAUACCGGUGGGGUGACGGUAUUGAUGUGGCAGCUACUGUCUCCUCUUUUAUCUGUGAAAUAGAUAUGAAUUAA